GCGAAGCCGCCGGGCCGGAAGUGGGCGGGGCGCGCGCGGGGCGACGUAUUUCCGGCGGGGAGCUGGCGGCUGCCGAGGAGGGGAGUCGGUGGCGCGGCGGCCCGGGGGCAGCCGGGGGAGAUUAAUCUUCAGCGAUGUCUUUCAUUUUCGAAUGGAUCUACAACGGCUUCAGCAGCGUGCUGCAGUUUCUAGGUUUGUACAAGAAGUCGGGAAAACUUGUGUUCCUGGGCUUGGAUAACGCAGGCAAAACCACUCUGCUGCACAUGCUCAAAGAUGACAGGCUGGGUCAGCAUGUCCCGACGCUACAUCCCACAUCAGAGGAGCUGACGAUUGCUGGAAUGACCUUUACGACUUUUGAUCUGGGUGGACAUGAACAAGCUCGCCGGGUCUGGAAGAACUACCUGCCGGCCAUCAACGGGAUCGUCUUCCUGGUGGACUGCGCAGAUCACUCGCGUCUUAUGGAAUCCAAAGUUGAGCUUAAUGCACUAAUGACAGAUGAAACAAUAUCCAACGUGCCAAUCCUUAUCUUGGGUAACAAAAUCGACAGACCAGAGGCCAUCAGUGAGGAGAAGCUGCGGGAGAUCUUUGGGCUCUACGGACAGACCACGGGAAAGGGAAAUGUGCCACUGAAAGACCUGAACGCCCGCCCCAUGGAGGUGUUCAUGUGCAGCGUGCUGAAGAGGCAAGGCUACGGCGAGGGCUUCCGCUGGCUAUCGCAGUACAUCGACUGACGCUUGGACGGACGUAAAAGAGUUUUACUCCUCUGGACUGAUCCUGUUCACAGCUUCCCUGUGGACUUUUCUAUUCGAACGCGGAAGGUUUUUCCAACCGCUUACUGGCAUUGACCAAGAGACACUCCUGGUUUUCGGCCGCCCUUAUCGCACAGUGGUGACACAACUCUUUUCCACGCGGCGGGGAGGCAGCGCCGCCGUUCUGCACAUGGGUGCGAGUUGUCCCUUUCAGUUGGGUUACAGCGGGAAGUAAAAAAAAAAAAAAAGAAAAAACAAACUCUGCAGGCUGCGCUGUUAACAGCUGAAAAAGAGAGCACGUCUCACCACUGUGGUUAAUUGACUUAAAAGGAAAAAAAAGAAAAAAAAAAAAGGAAAAAAAAAAGAAAAAGAAAAAGCAAUUAUAUUUUUUAAAGAAAGCGUUAAUGUAAACAGCGUCCCUUCUAACUUUUUAGUUGUUUAGUCCAGAGUCCGGUUAGGGUUUUUUUAAAAAUAUAUUUAACAGUAUUUAGGUAUUUCACAAAUUACUGAACCGAGGUAUCACGCUAUUAGAAGUCCUCAAUAAACGUAGCGUUUGGGCUUAACUGA